AUGGAAAGGCAGCAGCUGCAGCAGCAGCUGCAGCCGCAACAGCAGCAGCAGCAGCAGCAACUGGCGAAGGAAGUUGAGGAAGUACGGCGCAUUAGUGCGCAAAGAUACAAACAGCACCGGCAACAACAGCAGCAGCUGCUGCAGCAACAGCAACAACACCUGCAGCAGCAGAGGCAAUGCCACUCGCAGCAGCAGCUGGGUGCGUCUGAACCGCACCGCUCCCCCGUGCCUGAGCCUGCGCAGCAGCAGCAGCAGCAGCAGCAACAGCAGCCUGAACGACAGCAACAACUAACCCAGCUGCGUCGCAACAAUGACCCCAUAUGCAUCAGCAGCAGCGACAGCGAGGACUCAGAGGCAGCUGCCAAAUCUGCCGUAGGGAAACUGAAGCAACCGAACAGCAGCAGAAGCAGCAGCAGCAGCAGCAGCAGUUCCAGCAGCACCACAAGCAGCUCUAGCAGCAGCAGCGGCAGGAGUAAAGCAGCGAGACCAGCUACUGAGUCCCCCAAAAGCAGCAAAAGGAGCGGAAUGAAAGACCGCAGCGACGGUGGCAACAGCACAAAGAAGCUUGCGCGUGAUGGCAGCAGCAGCAACAGCGGCAGCAACAGCAGCAGCAAAAGCAGCAACAGCAGCAGCAGCAGCGAUAGAAGCAACAAGCAGGUGCACCCUGACUACCCCACAGGAGGUGAGGGCUGCAGCAAGAGUGAAACCCUGGAGAGCAGCAGCAGCGGCAGCGCCAGCAGCAGCAGCAGUAGCACAGCUACAGCAGAUGGCUUGCUUCCGGACUCUGAACUCCCAAUUUGGAGAGACGAAUUUGACCUUCUUACUUGGAACCUGGACGGAUUAGAUGAGCGUUUGCUGCGGCUGCGGACAGCUGCUGUUUGCUCGAUUGUGCUGCAGCUGCGGCCCGCCGUUGUGCUGCUGCAGGAGGUGGUUGACAGCAGCGCGAGGCUGCUGCAGCAGCGGCUGCAGCAGCACUACAGCUUCUUCUUCCCAAGCCCGCCGCCGUACGCCUUCCCAGCAGUAGACAGCAGCAGCAGCAGCGAAGCAGCAGCAGCAGCAGCAGGCCCUGUCGUGCCCGGGUGCCCCUACUACUGCGCCGUGCUGCUGUGCAAGCACCAAAUGCUGCCGCCUGCGCGGGAGCAGCUUCAGACUCUGUGGUAUCCGGGCAGCAGCAUGGGUCGGCACUUGCUGUUUGGCUGCUGCAGCAGCAGCAAACGGCCCCUGGAGCCGUUGCUGCUGUUGACUUCCCACCUCGAGUCCAUGCGCCCAAACCGGAAGGAAAGGACGCAGCAGCUGCAGCACUGCUUCGACCUCAUGGCUGCUGUCACGGCUGCAGACCCGCAGCAGGAGCUGCAGCAGCAGCAGCAGCAGCAAAUGUUCGCAGACGCCUUUCCAAUGGGAAAGCCCCAGAAAGUCCGGACAGCAAUUCUCGCUGGGGACCUUAACCUGCGGGACGACGAGCUGCAGCUGCAGCAGCAGCAGCAGCAGCAGCAGAAUGGGGGCAGGUUCAAGCGCGCCCACAACGAAUGCAGCAGCAGCAGCAACACAAUAAUCCCAGAGGGCGCAAUAGAUGCAUGGGAGUUUCUGGGCAGGGACAUGAGGUGUAUGCACACCUGGGAUAUGCUGCGAAAUGACAACCACGCAGAAGUCAAACGCAAAUUCAAGCCUCGCUGUCGCUUCGACAGAAUAUAUGUUUUUGCUGACCCCCCAUUGUCUGCUGCUGCUGCUGCUGCUGCUGCAGCGGACGUCCCUGCCCCCCCCGAGGCAGAGCACGCGAAGCGUCAUAAAAGCACCAGCAGCAGCAGCAGCGACGUUGCUGCUGCUGUCUGGCAGCCAAUUAAAAUGCGGCUUGUGGGGACUGAGAGGCUGCAGAGCGUGGGCUGUUUCCCUUCGGACCACUUUGGUGUCCCAGACUGCGUCGAGUCAGCAGCAGCAACAGCAGUGGCUAGCGCUGCUGCAGCUGCUGCAGCUUUGCUGCUGCCUCUCCCGGUGCAGUGUAAGAAAGUCUUUGGGAUUGCCCGGGGGGGCAAAUUCGAAGCUAUAGGGGAUUUCUGCUUUACCGUCCCUCCGGGUUCAAGUGGCGCCUUAGUGGCUGAAACGAUGUUGCAGCAGGAAGGACACGAGCUGUUGAUACACUCCAAGUCUGCCUUCGAAGAAUACAGACAAGCCACAGAAGCAGCAGGGGUCCCCUUUGGUGCAUCAACUGAUGAUGAAUUAACAGCAACCUGCAAGGCCCUGCAGAACAACGCCAGAGUCAGAGAGUCUCUAGCUGGAGUUCCUCCGGAGGAGCAGACGAAGACUGGGGCCCCCGCGUUCUUUGAACUUAAUUUAGCUAUCGACUCGAACAUGGAUGGGAGGGAAGUUACAGCUUGGAUAACGAGGUGCGGGGAAGGCCAAACACUAAAUGCAGCCUACUCCGUAACUUUUCUAAACCCCGGAGGCUUCUUCACGAGGCAGUUCUCUUGCGAAGAUCAAGGUCUUCUUCAGCUGCACAUGGUGAUGUCAUUAUUUGCCACAGCUCUUUGCUUAGCCAGCUACAGGGUGUACAGACAGCUGCACCGGCAAGCAUCUCCCGUUGCUGCUGCUGCUACUUGCUGCUGCUGCAUGCUGGGGCUCUCCAUCCUACUCCAAACCCUUCACCUAAUCGCCUAUGCAGUGCUUUCCGUCGUAGCGGUGGGCGUGGCGGCGUCGGCUGUUGUGAACUUUUUAGGUGCUGGUGCUUCAUCUAUGGAUCUUAACCCUUCAGCAAUUUACACAACAGUUUGGGCUUUGCCUCUACACAUCGUCACAGGUGUUGUUGCAGUGUUGCUGAUGGUUUUUUCUCUCCUCAACGCGGAUGCGGCUACGCAAAUGCCUCAGAGGAGACUCUUCGUUCGUCUUUGCUUCUGGGGAACAAGCUACGUUUUGGCGCCUCUUUUCCUUAUUUGCUUUCUCAGCAAUUACCCCUUGAUGCAGGCAUACGUUCUGAUCACAGUUGAGUUCGUUUGCCUUUUCACUCUACAGCGUAUUGCCUGUCGCGGGCUUCAGCAAAAAGGCACACAAAUGGGGGAAGUCAAAUCUCCUCUUCCAGCAGCAGACCUUCCCUACACAGAUAUUUGA